AUGGAAACAGCCACGGUACUACCGCCGGAUGUGGCGCUAGCGCACGCGGUGACACAGCAGGCGCCUCCUACUGCUCCGGUGGCCACGGCUGCUGAUGCUCAUGCUCCGCCCACCCGAGCGUACAAGCGACUGUGGACGUCCACAAUCACUGAAAGCGGCUGGCUUUUUAGGUUCCUCACUUUACGCAGCUCCGAACCCCCGGCCGCCGCAUCCUCCCUGCUGCUCGCCCAGUCGCCCCCCGCCGUCCCGCCGGAACCCCGCUGGCUCCAUCUGGACUGCGGGUCCCGCCACGCACUGGUGGCCCUAGCUCUCAUGGAGGCAAAGAGUAGCAGCAUCAAGAAGGAAACAGAAGCAAUGGAAGAGGCGGAGAGGGUUGUCAAGAAGCAGAAUGUCACCAUGGCAAUGGAGGUCUUUGACUGCCCCGUCUGCUCUACCCCUCUGAGGCCCCCCGUUUUCCAGUGUGCCCUUGGGCAUUUCGUCUGUUCACCUUGCCGUGACAAGCUCCCAGACAGCAAAUGCCAGGCCUGCUCCGGAGUUGUCCUGAAGAGCAGCUGCUAUGGCAUCGAGCGCAUCGUCGAAUCCAUCCUUGUUCCUUGCCCAUACGCUGAGCAUGGAUGCACCGACAUGAUCACCUACUACCUCAAGGGAGAACACAAGCAGGCGUGUCCGCACGAGCCGUGCUACUGCCCGGAGCCCGGCUGUGGCUUCGCCGGCACAACAGCUGCGCUCCUGGACCACUUCACCUCCCAGCACAAGUGGCCGACUACGGUGUUCAAGUACUACGUGCUGUUUGAUCUCAUUGCCAAGCCUGGCAUGCAUGUCCUCCGUGCCCAAGAUGGCAAUCUCUUCCUACUCAACGUGUCCUCGCCGGAGUCAGUGCUGCACGGCAUCUCGCUCGUGCGCAUCCAGCCCAAGGUCUCGGAGUUGUCCAGGUUUGGAUGUUCCGUCGGUUUCUCGUGCUGGAAGGGGCACUACCAGCUCUCGUCACUGGACGCGAUCACGAGCACGUCGCUGUCAGACGGGCUGCCUAAGAGCAGUUUCUUCAGCUUCGUGCCCAAGUCAUCUGCCGUGCUCACAGUCACCAUAGAUACGGAGCUGAUGUGUGAUAUCAAUGAUGAUGAGCUGGAGGAGGAAACGUCUGACGAUGAUGACAGCUACGGGGAGGAGGAUGGCGGUGAGGAGUAGGGGCUGACUGAUGGAUCGUCUCCUGGUAAGAUGCGGGAGAAUUCGGUUUAUUUUGGUGCUUCUUAUCGCUCUUUGUUGCAGCGUGUGUUGAGAGUUGAGACUGUACAAUCCAUGAAGUAGGUUCUGUUUUACUGUCAUGAAACUGAACUGGAGUAACGGUAGCAGUAGAGUAGUAGACGAGUGUUCGAAUUAGUAUUUCAGCGCAUCAAUUCAAUCAUUCUAUCUUCAA